AUGAGUGAUAGCAGAGAAGAGGUCGACUUGUUCGAACAGGCUUUGAAGGACGAAAAUGCAGCGCAAAAUGAGCAGACAAUUCCUGUGCAGGACGUAAAGGAAACUGGUGACGACGCUGAGAAGGAUGCAGAAGCCAAGGUAGGUUCUGGUGAAGGUUCAAGCUCUGCUCCAGGAAACGAAUCAAAUGGUUCCUCGAAUAGUAGUUCUAAUUCUUCUUCUUCAGACUCGGAUUCAGGUUCAAGUUCAGGUUCAAGUUCAGAGUCGGAUUCGGAUUCGGAUUCGGAUUCAGAUUCAGACUCAGACUCAGACUCAGACUCAGACAGCAAAGACGCAGUUGAGGUUGAGAUCGAGGGAGAAGAUGAAGAACCAACGGCCUCAGGACCCAUUAGAUCUGUUCACGAAAUAGCAGAAGAACCAGUGCCUGCGCUCCCAGAAGACUUCACUAUUGAUGAAAAGGCCACUAUUAACGAAAUCGGAGUCAUAAAAUCCGCCUUCGAAGGAAAUAUCAUCAUCUCAGCUACCCUUUCCGGAGAACAGAGAGUCCUCAAGGAGGGAAGCAUUCUAUGUCUACAGGAUAAAACGCUUGUUGGCCCGCUAUGCGAAGUAUUUGGUCCUCUACAGGCCCCUCUUUAUAGAGUAACGUUUGAUAGAAAUAACGAAAAGAGUUUGCAAAGGUUUACGGAUUUGAAACCAAAGGUCGGCGAGAAAAUAUACUACGUAGUACCGGAAGCCCGUUGGGUGGAUACUUUCGAACUAAAACAGAUCAAGGGUACUGAUGCUUCCAAUGGCUUCGACGAAGAGUUACCAGAACAUGAACAAGAGUUCUCGGACGACGAGAAGGAAAUGGAAUUCAAGAGAAAGAAGAAGUUGGCUAAGAAACGGAAAAAUGAUGGCUCAGAGGCUACUGAUGAAAGUAAAAAAUCUUCGGAACAUAAUCAAUCUAAACUAAGAGAUCCAAUUCCUUCAAGUAGUAAGACUACUGUCACGUACAAACCAAGAAACAACAGAAACAACGGCUACGACAAUAAUAAUGGGAAUAACGGAAGCAAUAUCCCCAACAAAAGGCAGAGAAACCAGAGACCUCACUCUGAACCCCCUGUACCCGCUAAUCCAAUGCAAUUCCCUCCAAACUUCCCUCAAAUGUUCAAUCCACAAUUCCCACCUCCUCCAAUGGGUUAUAUGGGUCACCAACAAUUCCCUAAUAUGGGGUUAUACCAACCUCCAUUACAAGGUUUCCAAGGGCACCCCAUUCCUCAACAGCAACCACAGCAACCACAACAACCAUUCAAUAUGUACCCAUAUCCCGGUCAACAAUUCCAGCAAGGUUUCCCCCAGCAAAUGGGUUUCCAGCCUCAACAAUUCCAACAAGGUUUCCCCCAACAACCACCUGCAUUCCCAAAUUACCCUCAAACAUCGAAUAAUGGGCAAACUCAAUACCCGCAAAACAAUAAUCAGGGACACCAAACAGGACAAUACUACAAUGGUAAUCAAUAG